AUGUGCGCUGAUGAGGAUUCUGGUAUAGAUGAGGCAGAAUCUGCUGCCCUGGUCACAAUCUCAGGAACUUCAUAUAGAGUGAAGGAAGAAUUGGCUCCUAUUAUCAGCAGUAUUAUUAAUCACCAUGGAUUCAUAGCUGCAAAUCAUCUUAUUAAGUCACCAGAGGGUCGUUCUAUGGCAUUUGAUACAUGUUUGGAUGUCAGCUGGCUCCAGCGAAGAGUGGAAGACAUCUUAGAGGCAAAGAAGUUGAUCAAGCAGUCUUCCACCUUGAAGGAGAAGAGGGAUAGAAUCCAUCAAGUCAUCAAAGAGAAGAAGAUUAAGCUAAAAGAACUUCAACAAAAAGUGAAUUUAGCACAGAAGGAAUUGGAAAUUGAGCAAGCUGAGGCUGAAAAUAUUAAGUCAAUUAUCUCAAAUGCUAAGGCCAAAGUGAAGUACUUUGUUGAUCAUCUACCAUUUGAUGGCCUCUUCUGA